AUGAACUUAACUAGACGGGUUCUUGGACCAUUUGUUGGUGCAGUCACGAAAAAGCUUGAUUACUAUAGUCAAUUUCAACCAUCCUCUUUAACAAUUCAACAAUAUUUGGAUUUCGGUAGAAUCGGAACAGCUUCAACUUCCUAUACAUUCUUGAAAAAUGAGCUUCUUGUUCGUUUAGCCAAUAUUAUGCAGGAGUUCUCUCUCCUUCCUCCUAAGUUACUACAAAUGCCAAGCUCUAAAAUGGUUUCCGAAUGGUAUUGUGAUAGCUUCGAAGAUUUAUUGAAAUUUGAAAACUCAGGACCUUCCACUGAUAAUGUGGCUAGAUUUAACGACCAGUUACAAUUAAUACUAAAACGUCAUGCACACGUUGUCGAAACAAUGGCUGAGGGCUUGAUAGAACUCCGAGAAAGUGAUGGUGUUGAUAUAGCUAGUGAGAAAGGCAUCCAAUACUUCUUGGAUCGUUUUUAUAUCAACAGAAUUUCAAUAAGGAUGUUGCAAAACCAACAUCUUGUAGUGUUUGGUUCUGUUCUUCCGGAAAGCCCAAGGCAUGUUGGGUGCAUUGAUCCUGCUUGUGAUGUAGAAAGCGUUGUUUAUGAUGCUUUUGAAAACGCUCGUUUUCUCUGCGAUCGAUACUAUCUCACGAGUCCGGCUAUGAAGUUGCAAAUGAUAAAUAGUGUUGACAAGGGGAAACCAAUCAAGAUUGUGGCUGUUCCAAGUCACCUAUAUCACAUCAUGUUCGAACUGUUCAAGAACUCUAUGAGAGCUACAGUCGAACACCAUGGAGUUGACGAUGAUCUACCUGAUAUCCAAGUCUAUGUAGUUCGAGGAAAUGAAGAUCUCUCAAUUAAGGUUUGUGAUCGCGGAGGAGGUGUAUCAAGAACAAUACUGGAACGUUUGUACAACUAUAUGUACAGUACAGCUCCUCCACCACCUAGAGAUGGAACACAAGCUCCACUGGCUGGUUAUGGCUACGGGUUGCCUUUAUCACGACUUUAUGCUCGUUACUUCCUCGGAGAUUUGUUUUUAGUAUCAAUGGAAGGAUAUGGUACUGACGCUUGUGUUUACUUGAAGGCUGUACCCGUUGAAGCUAGCGAAGUUCUGCCUAUCUACAGUACUUCGUCAAGAAGGAACUUAACAAUGGGCCCUCAGGUAGCAGAUUGGUCACAUCAUGUACCAGGACAGGGAAACCGUCCUACGUAA